AUGGACAGUACUCAAUUUACUAUGAAUGCUAUUAUUAUAGGCUUAUCACUAUCAAAUGAUUAUUUUUUGACUUAUAUUUUUAUAAAUGAAUUAGGUAGUGAUAAUGAAAGAAGUAAUGAAGUUUCUAUACUUGCUAAACAUAAAAAUUUAAAAGGAAAAAAUAAUUCAAAUGAACAUAUUGAACGUUUAUAUUCUCAUAAAAUUAAAUCUCGAACAUUAGAACUUAAUGUUAUUGUUGAUGGUAAAUCUGCAUCAUAUUUACAACCUGGAUAA